GCAUCUGACGACAGCACAGUGCAAGUGUGGGAGACGGCGACGGGCACGUGUUGCAGCGUGCUUGACAGCCCGUACUCGAACAUUUACGAGCUCACUUUUUCGUCAGACGGGAGUGCUCUGCGCACCGACCAAGGAGGCAUUCCGCUGCCUGCAGAUCUAAGCCUGACGUCGCCUGUAAAGCCAGAAGAGCAUGCUUCUCUCCUGUCAGUCAGGGACCAGUGGGUGCUGCGCAACACGCAACGCUUUCUAUGGCUGCCGUUCGAGUAUCGGGCAUACAAAACAGCAGUAUGCAGAGACAUGGUCUGUCUUGGGUGUCCGUCUGGGCGCGUAGUUCUGCAUCGGCUGAGGUAG